UACAUCGAGAAUGAUAUUGCAAUAACUAAAAUACGACAAAAAAUGUUCACAAAAAAUAUUGAAAAAAUAUUUCUAUUUCUUCUGUUAAUGUUAUGUGCUUGUAUUCAUUGUCCAUCAAAUGAAUCGACAGAAUCGAUUAGACUAUUGUCAUCAUUGAAACAAUCUAAUCAUCCUUCUAUUGUUACAUCAUCACAAUUAUUUAAUGAUUCAAUUACGGAUCAUUUAUCAACAAAUAGUGAUAAAAUUUCUAUCGAUUCUCAGUCGAAUACAUCGACCGGACUGAAACGACAUACCAACACAAUUGAUGUCGGGAAAUCUUCACCACCGAAAUGUGUCAAUACAAUCGCAACGAAAUGGCUUCAUUAUUCGCCAUUAUCGCUGCCUAUUUGCCUCAAAGUAUCACAUUCUUGGACUGAAAAAAGAAACGAAGAAAAUGAAUCAGCCAUCAAGGAGACAGAUGGAAGUUUUCAGGGUAUUUUCGUCAAAAAAAUCAAAGAUGAGAAGCUUAUCAUUUCUAGUCAAACAACGAUUGUAAACAAUGUGACCGAUAAUGAUUCGAUCGUUUUAAAUCAAAGCCUCGAUCAGCAACAAUCGAGUAUAAGUGGUGAUAAUUUUGUAAGACCCCUUAUUCAAAUGAAACCAUCAGUAGUUUCCUCACAAGAUAUGCUUUCAUUUGAAGAAUGGCGUUCGAAAAUAUCUGAACAAAUGGAACGUGGAAAUAAAAUGGAAAUUGAUUCCAAAUUCGGUAACGAAAUCGGCAGCAAACCUGAUCCUGUGAUUGACCAGAUUAGCGGUCAAAAAUCAAUGAAAAUGACAACGAAUCGAGCUCGAAAUUUUGCAUCUCAUGAAUGUGGAGCUAAAAUUGUUGAUUCAAAUUCCGAGGCCAAUUUCGUCAAUCGUGUUCUAAAUGAACAGAUGGAUGAAUAUAUGUUAAAUCCAUGUAAAAUCAAAAAUUGGUUCGUCAUUGAACUUUGUGAAACGAUACAGCCACAAUAUUUAGAGAUGGCCAAUUUCGAACUCUAUUCAUCCAUACCAAAAGAUUUUGCCGUAUUUGCUUGUGAACAGUAUCCGAAUCGAAAUGGUUGUAGUUCAUUAGGUAAUUUCACUGCCAACGAUAUUAGAUCUUUACAAGGUUUUAAAUUGCAAAAUAAUGGUUUUGUUAAAUAUUUAAAAAUUGAAUUGAGUUCAUUUUAUGGAUCGGAACAUUAUUGUCCCAUUAGUUUGAUACGAAUAUUUGGUACAAGCUUAUUUGACGAAGUCGAACGUAUCGAUAAUCCGGAAAAAUCGUCCAUCGAUUUUCUCGAUGAUGAUCAUAAUUCGGUACAUGAAGAAGGUACACCAAUUUCAUUAUCAGCUAAUUUGAAAGCAAAAAACUUUACCGAUUUAGAUUUAUUGGACAGUGCAAAAAAUGCCGUCGUUAAUGUUGUUCGAAAAGCAUUCAAUUUUACAUUAUUCCAUGAAAUAUUAUUCAAUGAAAAAAUGGUAAAAAUGAAUGAUACUGAUCCAAUUUUUGAUAUGUACAAUCAAACUGAAAUUGUUCACCUUUAUCCACAUUUCGAACACAUGAUGGAUGAAUGUGAAGCAUAUUUCUUUUCUGCUAAUGAAGCAGAUGCUGGCUUGAAUCAAACAUCGUUACGCAUUCCCAAUAAAUGCCUUUUCUAUCAGGUUUUAUUUCGUAAUCAGCAAUUAUUUAAAUUAAUGUCCACUCAAUAUCUUAUACGAAAAUAUUUUAAUAAUCAACUGUUUUUUCAAUGUGGUGUCUCAAAUGAAUCUCAGACAAUCGAUACCACCCCAUCUGCGGUGGCGGUUGAGCAGCUAGUCCAAUUGACAAAUGGAAAUAAUCAUUCCAUUAGCCAGAAUGUCUUUAAUAAAGAGGAUCCACAAUCGAUUGUGGUUAAACUAACGGAAGGAAAUCUGCCCACUAAAUCUUCAUUUAUAUCUUCUACAAUGUUGUUUGCUGAUAACAUUGAAAGUAAUAUCUCAGACGUUCCCAUUAUUAAUAUUACGACAUUGGAGCCAUCGUUAACGGAGCCUACAAUAUCGCAACCCGCUGUGACAAUGAAUACACUUUUACCUACGAAUACUUAUCGAACGUCAAUUAUUUCCACUUCAUCCGCUUUCGAAUCAUCAGAUCAUAGUUCAAGUUCAUCUUUACCAUCCCAGCCAUCUAAUGAAACAAGCCAAUUUCAAACUGUUGAUUCAAUUCAGCCUAAUCAACCAAUUAUAAAUCCUUUCACGGAAUCAGAUGGAGACGUUCAUUCAUUUAGUUCUAUGAGUGGUCAAUCAAAAGAAGCAGUUAUUGUUCGAUUAACAAAUCGCAUAAAAAAUCUUGAGAAAAAUAUCUCGCUUAUGUCUACUUAUUUGGAAAACUUAAGUGUUCGCUAUCGGAAACAAAUGGAAGAAAUGCAAGCGAUUUUCAAUCAAACAUUUGAUCAUUUCAACACAUCAGCAAGAGUGGCUGCUGAAAAAGAUGCUAGACAACAAGAACAGAUAAUGAAAUUACAGAACGAGAUCAUGGGUUUGAAUCAACGAUUCGUUACCUUUUUCAAAGAUAUUGAACAAAGUAAUUGGCUUUUUCUUCGCAUUCAUCUUGGGCUGAUGAUCAUUGAAUUGACUAUUGUUGGAACCUGUUGCCUUAUAUUUUAUUUGGGUUUCAAGCAUAAUUUGAAUCGAAUAUUGAAAACUCAUCUUCGUCAUGACGAUCCACAGUCAACAUUUUUAUCAUCACCAAUAGAUCUUCAAUCCAAUACUCAGCAAUGCAAAGAUGCUAAAGUUGAGUUUUCUGGUAUCAAACCAUUAAAGAAUAUUCAAUGGAAUCGGUCUAAGUCAUUAUCCAAUUUGGAAUCCAUGGACACAACUGAUCAAUAUUUCGAUUCAUUAUUUGAAAAUAGACAGGAUAAAUCUGUCGAGCAGAAAUUGUGUAAAGCUAAUCUUGAUUGUAAUAAAGAAAAUAUUCAUCGUGAUAUACAUGAUCAUCAUAAUUUAAAUGAUGAACCAACAACUGUUAUAGUACCAAAAAUUUUGAAAGUUAUCAAUCAAAAUGUUCGUUGAAUGUAUUUUACUUUUUUUUAUAUACGUGAUAUCAAAGUAUUUUACCCCUUUUUUCUUUAUUUGGGUG